AUGGCCGCCAAGAUGCCCCCGAUCCGCCACCUCGCGUCCGCGAGCUUCCGCCAGUGGAUUGACGGCCUCGACGCCUUCCUCUUCGACUGCGACGGCGUCCUCUGGCGCGGCAGCGCGGCCAUUGAAGGCGCCAAGGAAGCCAUCCAGCUGCUCCGGUCGCUCGGCAAGAAGGUCGUCUUUGUGACCAACAACUCGACCAAGUGCCGCGAUACCUAUGUUGACAAGCUAGCGGGUCAGGGCAUUUCGGCCACCGUCAGCGACAUUGUAACGUCGGCGUCGGCGUGUGCGGCAUACUUGCGCCAGCACGACGUGCAAGGCAAAGUCUACGUCGUCGGCGAGGCGGGCUUGGCGGCUGAAGUCUCGGCCCAAGGCUUCGAGAACUUUGGUUUGGAGCACAAUGGCAAGACGGAGGUUCCGACGCCGUUCGUCGUGGACCCUGCUGUCGGUGCUGUCGUCAUUGGUCUCGACCGUGCCAUCUCGUACUACAAGCUGUCGUACGCUGCCGUCUCGAUCCUCACCAACCCUGGUUGCAAGUUCUUUGCGACCAACACGGACCCGACGUUCCCAGUCGACGGCGCCGUGUUGCCGGGCGGCGGCACUUGCGUCGCGGCCUUGGCCACGGCCGUUGGCCGUGAGCCCGACGCCGUGGUUGGGAAGCCGUCGCAAGCGCUCCUGCAGACGAUCCUGUCGACGCACAACCUCGAUCCCGCGCGCACCUGCAUGGUUGGCGAUCGCCUCAACACGGACAUUGAGUUCGGUCGGCUCGGUGGCCUUCGCACGCUCCUCGUCUUGACGGGUGUCACCGCGCCGAGUGAGAUCGAGUUCAUCGAAAACGAAGCGCAGCGCCCCGACUUUUACGUCGAGUCGAUUGACGUGCUCAACCAGCUGGCCAAGCAGCAGUAA